UCAACGGGUUUGUGAAUGGAGAAUGCUGCAAGAUGGCGACUAAUGCAACUGCUACAAAUUUACCAUCUUUUGAUUGUCCAACAUGGGCAGGCAAGCCCCCUCCAGGACUCCAUUUGGACGUGAUGAAAGGUGACAAAAUGGUCGAGAAACUGAUCAUCGACGAGAAAAAGUACUACUUAUUCGGGAGGAAUCCGGACAUGUGUGACUUCACCAUCGACCACCAGUCAUGUUCACGCGUGCAUGCUGCCCUGGUCUACCACAAGCACCUGAAGAGGGUGUUCCUUAUUGACAACAACAGCACGCAUGGUACCUUCCUGGGACACAUCCGCCUGGAGCCCCACAAGCCUCAGCAGGUCCCCAUAGACUCCACCAUGUCGUUUGGGGCAUCCACACGAGCCUACACCAUCCGGGAGAAACCUCAGAGCCAGCAAGGAACCAAUGCCGCCACGGGGGACAGCAAGGCCGGGGAGGACGAGGAGGGGUCUAAGGGUCUCUUAGGAUUACCAGAGGAGGAGACCGAGCUAGAGAACCUGACAGAGUUCAACACGGCCCACAACAAGCGCAUCUCCACCCUGACCAUCGAGGAGGGCAACCUAGAGAUCCAGAGACCCAAGAGGAAGAGGCGGAACUCCCGAGUCACCUUUAACGAGGACGAUGAGGUCAUCAACCCAGAGGACAUUGACCCCUCAGUUGGGCGCUUCAGGAACAUGGUGCAGACUGCUGUCGUCCCUAUAAAGAAACAGAAAAUGGAGAGGCACGGCUCACUUAGUAUGGACGACGUUGUGACGAGGCGCAUCCACAACUACACCUUCGGCGGCGGCCUUUAUGGGGACCUGCCACCCACCAGCCACGAGGGCCACCCUGCCGGGACCCCGAGCGGAGCCACUAUCCUGGGGGGUCUCCCACUGCCCUUCCCCAACCCGGCCCCAGAGGUGAACCUGGCCCCUGACGCCCCCCAGCCACCUGUCACCCUCAACCCUGUCCCCAUCUCAGGCCCCUAUCCAUCCGAGGCCCUCAACGAGCCCCGCAAGAAAAAGUACGCCAAAGAGGCAUGGCCAGGCAAGAAGCCCACCCCCUCCCUACUAAUCUAACCUUCUCCCUGCACUAUGGCUCUUUCUCAAUUAGUCUUUUGUCUAUUCCUUGCGUCAUCUCUCAUGCAUUGGAAAAUAUCCAAGGUCUCUCCUCUUGGACCUUCUCCAAUGUAUUUUAAGUCUGAGGCGAGGAGAGUACACAAGGAAUCCAGGAAAGCCGAAUUGGGAAAGAGCCAAUGUUGUGUAGGCAGGGCUGACUCUCAGGGUAUGGGCGGAGACAUCAGGGACCAUGACCCGUUGGAGGCGGAUCGAUUUUACUUCAGACUGUUUUGGGAUUUUAUAGUUUUGUCAAUGUUUUCUACGUUACUUCCUCAUUCUCCUAAAGAUUAUCCGAAAGACUUCAGUAGCACAUUCCAUGAAGACAGAAACACCACUCCUUCGGGAGCUGAAUGUUUGAUAUGUUUUACAAAUGAAGUCAUGUAAAAAAGACAGUUCUUGGCAGACCAAGUCAGUUGGUCAGGUAAGAGUAACUUGUGGCAUAAAUCGGUGUCCCGUGACCGUGAUAUAUGACCUCUAAUUGAUAGUCGGGCAUUGUGCAGGGAAGCAAACACGAAGCGGAUGUAACUUAGGAAAACAGCCCUAAUGUUGGAAACAAACAUCAUGUUGUCAUCCAGAUUCACAUUUAUUUAUUUUCCAAGCUGC